AUGGCCGAGACGUUGACUCCCGAAGUUCUCUGGGCCCAGCGCUCCUCUGUGGCUGACGCUGCCAAGAACUUCAUCUACCUGACCAUCUCCGUCCCUGACGUCCCCAAAGAAGACCUGCAGCUGGACCUGAAGCCUACCGGCGUCACCUUCACCGGCACCUCGUCCACCCUGAAGAAGAAGUACCACGUCGAGCUUGAGCUGUACGCCGAGAUCGACCCUGCUGAGAGCCGUGUUAACCACACUGCCAAGAACAUUGAGAUGAAGCUGCAGAAGAAGGAGCUCAAGGAGGAGUACUGGCCGCGGUUGCUCAAGGUUGCCCAGAAGCUCCACUUCCUCAAGACCGACUUCGACAAGUGGGUUGAUGAGGAUGAGCAGAACGAGGCUGCCGAAGACGACAUGUCCAAGUUUGGAGAUAUGGGCGGCAUGCCCGGAAUGGGUGGUGACUUUGGCGGAAUCGACUUCUCCAAGCUGGGAGGCGGCGCUGGCGGCAUGCCCGACAUGAGCGGCAUGGGCCUGGAGGGCAUGCCCGACCUGAGCAGCUCCGGAGUCCCCGACUCCGACUCCGAGGAUGAAGACGAGGACAUGCCCGGGCUUGAGGGUGACGAGGAAAAGAAGGCCGAGGGUGAGGCCGCACCAAAGGCGUAA